AUGCGUGAGAUCCUUCAUAUCCAGGGUGGCCAAUGCGGUAACCAGGUCAGUGCCAAGUUAUGGGAGGUCGUCUGUGCCGAGCAUGGCAUCGAUCCCACUGGUCGCUACCAAGGCGACUCCGAUCUUCAACUCGAGCGUAUCAAUGUCUACUACAACGAGGCUAGUUGCGGAAGAUCUGGUCCUUACGGUCAGAUCUUCCGUCCCGACAACUUCGUCUUCGGCCAGUCUGGUGCCGGUAACAACUGGGCCAAGGGUUCUACACCGAAGGGGUAG